AUGGCGAAGAACUACGUGCGAGACAACGUCCCCCUAUCCAGAUUCGGCGUCCUUGUCGCCCAGCUAGAGUCCAUCGUCGCCUCCUCCGCCCACAAGCCCCCCGACUCCCUCCUCUGCUUCGAUCUCCUCUCCGAUCUCGUCUCCGCCAUCGACGAAGAGCCCAAGGAGUCUAUACUGUUGUGGCAGAGGAAAUGCGAGGACGCGCUUUACUCUCUGCUCGUCCUCGGCGCGCGGCGGCCCGUGCGCCAUCUGGCGUCGGUGGCGAUGGCAAGGAUUAUAAUGAAGGGAGAUGGCAUUUCAAUAUACUCGAGGGCGAGUAGUCUCCAAGGGUUUCUUUCCGACGGGAAGAAAAGCGAGGCGCUACGCGUUGCUGGUGCUGCACAAUGCUUGGGGGAAUUGUAUCGCCUUUUUGGGAGAAGAAUUACGUCUGGUCUACUUGAAACAACUACUAUCGUUACAAAACUAAUGAAGUUUAAUGAGGAUUUUGUUAGACAAGAAGCUUUGCAUAUGCUUCAGAAUGCUUUGGAAGGCUGUGGUGGUAGUGCUGCUUCUUCGGCGUAUACAGAGGCUUUUCGUCUCAUAAUGCGGUUAGCUGUUGGGGAUAAAUCCUUCACAGUAAGAAUAGCUGCUGCAAGAUGUCUAAAGGCAUUUGCAAAUAUCGGAGGUCCAGGUUUAGGAGUUGUAGAGAUGGACAAUUCUGCUUCUUAUUGUGUGAAGGCCCUCGAGGAUCCUGUUUCAUCUGUUCGUGAUGCCUUUGCGGAAGCUUUGGGUGCAGUGCUUGCUCUUGGAAUGAAUCCUGAAGCACAGGUGCAAGCAAGGGGAAAAGGUCAAUUUACCCCUAAGAAACUUGAAGGGGGUUUGCAGAGGCACUUAGUGUUGCCCUUCAUGAAAGCAAGUGGGCCUCGGCUGAAAGACGUUCGUAUUGGCGUAACCUUGUCAUGGGUAUCUCUUUUGCAGGCCAUUCGUCUGAAGUAUAUGCAUCCAGAUAGCGAGCUUCACAACUUUGCUUUGCAGGUUAUGGAAAUGCUCCGUGUGGAUACUUCUGCUGAUGCACAAGCCUUGGCAUGUGUUCUUUAUGUUCUACGUGUCGGGGUUACUGAUCAAAUGACAGAACCUACUCAAAGGAGCUUUCUGGUUGUUCUGUCGAAGCAGCUUCAGUCUCCUGAUGCCAGCCCUCCCAUGCAAGUCGCAGCCUUACGUACCUUGUCGUAUGGUCUCAAAACGCUCGGAGAGGUUCCACAUGAAUUCAAAAAAGUUCUUGAUAACACUGUAGUUGCAGCAUUAUCUCAUUCUUCACCUCUUGUACGAGUUGAAGCUGCUUUGACUUUGCGUGCACUGGCUGAGGUUGAUCCUACUUGUGUUGGUGGUUUGAUUUCAUAUGGGGUAACUACGCUGAGUGCACUUAGAGAAAAUUUGUCAUUUGAAAAGGGAAGCAACCUUAUAAUUGAACUGGAUUCAUUUCAUGGGCAAACUACAGUUUUAGCAGCAUUGGUGUCUAUUGCCCCGAAGCUUCAUCUUGGUUACCCUGCCAGGUUGCCCAGAUCAGUUCUUGAAGUUUCUAAAAAGAUGUUGACAGAAUCUAGUAGGAAUCCUGCAGCUGCUACUGUUGAAACUGAAGCCGGAUGGUUGCUAUUGUCUUCACUAUUGGCUUCCAUGCCGAAGGAGGAGCUUGAAGACCAGGUUUUUGAUAUUCUGUCUUUGUGGGCUGCAUUGUUUACUGGAAAUGCAGAAAAUCAGAUCAAGCAAACUGAAGAUCUGACCUCUACUAUAUGCGUGUGGUCUGCUGCAAUUGAUGCUCUGACAGCAUUUAUAAGAUGCUUUGUUUGUCCUAAUGCUGGGAGCAAGGGGAUUUUACUUCAACCAGUGCUACUAUACCUUAAUCGAGCUUUAUCCUAUCUAUCACUAGUUGUUACCAAAGAGCAAAGAAAUAUGAAGCCAGCUCUGGAUAUGUUCAUCUUCAGAACACUGGUAGCUUAUCUGUCGCUCUCUGAUCCAAUGGCAUAUAAGGUCGAUCAUCCCCAGAUUAUUCAGAUAUGUAGUGGUACAUUUAGCAGGGAUGCUUCUGGAUGUGAGGAAAGCUCGUGCUUGAGGAUGUUGUUAGACAAGAGGGAUGCAUGGUUGGGUCCCUGGAUUCCUGGAAGGGAUUGGCUCGAAGACGAGCUUCGUGCAUUUCAAGGUGGAAAAGAUGGGGAUUUACCUUGUGUAUGGGAGGAUGAGCUUCCUAGUUUUCCUCAGCCAGAGACUGUAAGCAAGAUGUCGGUGAACCAAAAGCUUCUUUGUUUUGGAACCAUGUUUGCUUCGGAGGAUAGUGGUGGGAUGUUGUCGCUUCUUGGCAUGAUUGAGCAAUGUCUUAAAGCUGGAAAAAAACAAUCUUGGCAUGCCGCCAGUGUCACAAAUAUAUGUGUGGGGCUUCUUGCUGGGUUAAAGGCUUUGCUUGCUUUACGACCUCAACCGUUGGGAUCUGAUAUAUUGAAUUCAGCACAGGCUAUUUUUCUGAGUAUUCUGGCAGAGGGGGACAUAUGUGCAUCACAACGCAGAGCAGCAUCAGAAGGUCUUGGUCUGCUAGCUCGCCUUGGGAAUGAUAUCUUUGCAGCCAGAUUGACAAGAAUGCUUCUGGGGGAUUUAACCGGGGCAGCUGAUUCAUCCUAUGCUGGAUCAAUUGCUUUUGCACUUGGUUGUAUUCAUCGCAGUGCAGGAGGAAUGGCAUUAUCGAGUUUAGUUCCUGCAACUGUGAGCUCUCUCUCUUCGCUAGCUAAGAGUCCAGUAGCUGGUUUACAGGUCUGGUCUUUGCAUGGUCUUCUUUUGACUAUUGAAGCUGCUGGCCUGUCUUAUGUAUCACAUGUUCAGGCAACACUUGGCCUUGCUACGGAUAUACUUUUGUCAGAGGAGAAUGGAUGGGUUGACCUUCAGCAAGGAGUCGGCCGUCUCAUAAAUGCCAUUGUUGCUGUUCUUGGUCCUGAACUUGCCCCUGGCAGCAUUUUCUUUUCUCGUUGCAAGGCUGUUGUUGCAGAGAUAAGCUGCCGGCAGGAAACAGCAACACUCUUAGAGAAUGUCAGGUUUACACAACAACUUGUUGUUUUUGCACCGCAUGCUGUUACUGUACACUCCCAUGUGCAAACUCUCCUCCCAACUCUAUCUUCAAGACAGCCGACCUUGAGGCAUCUAGCUGUGUCCACUCUACGACAUCUCAUAGAAAAAGACCCGGCUUCCAUUAUUGAUGAGCAAAUAGAAGAUACCUUGUUCCAUAUGCUUGACGAAGAAACCGACACCGAGAUUGGGAAUUUGGUGCGUACCACACUAAUGCGUUUGCUCUACGCAUCGAGUCCUUUGUGUCCUUCUCAUUGGCUGGCGAUCUGUCGUGCCAUGGUUCUUGCUACAUCAACAGGAAGAGAUUCUGGGACCAAUAGCCAAUUAGAAAAUGAUCCUAAUGGUGAUGCAAGAUUCAAUUCUGAGGAUGGUGAGAACAUGGUUUCGAGCUCUAAAGCCUCGUCGUUUCAAAGUCAUGGAUUUGGUUCAACAGGCGAUAAGCAUCUCAGAUAUAGAACCCGUGUUUUUGCUGCCGAGUGUUUGAGUCAUCUACCUGCAGCUGUUGGGAAGGAUCCUGCUCAUUUUGACCUCUCUUUGGCAAGAAGACAAACUGCUAGUGGACAGGCAUCGGGUGAUUGGCUAGUCCUCCAUGUGCAAGAGCUUAUAUCGCUUGCUUAUCAGAUAAGCACAAUCCAGUUUGAGAACAUGCGGCCCAUUGGCAUGGGACUUCUAAGUACCAUUAUGGACAAGUUUGAAAUGAUACCAGACCCUGACCUUCCAGGACACCUUCUACUUGAGCAGUACCAGGCCCAACUAGUAUCUGCAGUCCGGACUGCAUUAGACUCAUCAUCUGGCCCUAUUCUGUUAGAGACAGGCUUACAGCUGGCUACAAAGAUACUAACAAAUGGUAUAAUAAGUGGAGAUCAAGUUGCAGUUAAGAGAAUAUUUUCGUUGAUUUCACGUCCACUAAAAAACUUUGAGGACCUUUACUAUCCAUCAUUUGCAGAAUGGGUAUCGUGCAAGAUCAAAGUAAGGCUUCUAACUGCCCAUGCCUCUCUCAAAUGUUAUACCUAUGCCUUCUUGAGGAAACAACAUGCUGGUGUUCCAGACGAGUAUCUAGCUCAACUACCUUUAUUUUCUGAAAGUUCGAGCGUUUUAGGGAAGUACUGGAUCUCAACUUUGAAGGACUACAGUUAUGUCCGCUUCAGAUUGCAUCUCAAACAAAAUUGGAAACCAUUCCUUGACGGCAUUCAGUCACCCCUGGUUUCAGCGAAGUUGCAGCCAUGUUUAGAAGCAGCCUGGCCAGUAAUCUUUCAAGCAGUUGCACUGGAUGCGGUUCCUUUGCAUUUUGAAUUGAAUCUAUCUUCCCAAACAACUGAGAAUACAUCAGAGAAUGCCUUCAUCUCUGGAUACAGCAUGGUUCAACUGAAACCAGAGGAAUUUCGAUUUCUCUGGGGUUUUGCUCUGCUUGUUCUAUUUGAGGGGCAAAAUCCAGUCCUCCAUAAGCCUUUGGUACCACUUGAUUCUGCUAAAGCCAAAUUAGGUGGUGAUGGUCAAGUUGAAGAUACAAAUCCUCUAACAUUGAAGUCAUAUGAGAUUGUGCUACCAGUGUUCCAGUUUCUCUCCAUGGAAAGGUUUUUCAGCAUGGGAUUUCUUACUAUGGAUAUCUGUAGAGAAUUGCUGCAGGUUUUAUCAUAUUCCAUAUGCUUGGAGGAUGCGUGGGACAGUCUUGCAAUUUCAGUUCUUUCACAGAUUGUGCAGCACUGCCCCAAAGAUUUCCUCGAAACUGAAAAUUUUGCAUCUUUGGUCGUGGAAGUUUGUUUGGCUUACCUUUUUAAAGUAUUUCAGAGUGGUGGUGCGACUUGUUCAGAUAAUUCAAACUGGGAGAAUAUGAUUUCUGUAUCACUUGCCACUGCAAAGACACUCAUUAGACGUCUUGGACCUGAGAGGCAAUUCAAAUCCAUGUUGGCAUUUCUGUUAAUUGGUUACAAAUGCGUUACAGAAGCUUCAACAGACUUGUGUUUUUCAAAAGCUAAUGACUUUGUCCAGUGCACACGAGUUUCAUUGAAGACGCAUGUUGAUGAUGAAUCUAAAUUAGAUGCUGAUGUCAUUUGCUACCUGACAACGAUAUUUGGAGCUUGUUUGGACGUGAUUUCUAGUUUAACACAAGGUUGUAUAGAUAGUAUUCAUGAAGUGGAAAGGAAAAGAUCUGGCUCAGGGAAGCUUCUACAAAUGAAACUUGCUUUUGCCGUCGAACAAAUGUACUCAUUGGCUAAGCUGGCUUACGAAGUUGAAUGUCUGGGAAAUAACCAAGAGAAUGGCCCCAUCUUAUUUACUGUCAUCCAACACUGCACUAGAUGUAUCCACGUGGUUCUUAUUGAUACCAACACGCAGGUUCUAUCAAUUGGGUUACAAGUGCUGAAAAGCAUGGUACAGAGAGGCACCAGUUCCGAAAGCUACAACUUUGUAUUGUUCUUUAGUGGGGAGCUUCUUAGAGACUUUUUCGGCAUAUUUGACAAAAUGUUAAAGAAACCCAUAAACAGAGAAGCAGUGGCUAUUGCCACUGAGUGUUUGAGAAUCUUGGCUAUUCUGCAAACAUUGUCAAAAGGGAGUGAAAGCCAGAAGGGUCUGAUGAAUCUGCUUUUGGAAGCUAUUGUCAUGGUUUUUUCAUCAUCAGAUGAUGGUCUCUCUCUGGUAGAACUCAGAGAUUUAAGAAGCAUGGCUGGAAAGCUUGUCUCUCAACUUGCUCAAAUUCCUUCCUCCGCAGUUUAUUUGAAGGAUGUCUUGUUAGAUAUGCCAGCAGCAAACAGGCAGCAACUUCAGGGUAUCAUUCGUGCUUCAGUAACUCAAGAACACGACACACCACAAACGAAAUCCAUUAUGCCAUCUUUGGAGAUAAAGUUACCAGCACUUACAGAGGAAGCUAGACAAAAGGGUCCCACCUCAUCAAUCCCAACAGAACACGCGGCUCAUAGAAGUGAAGAAGAGGAGGAAGAAGAAGAUGAGGAUGAUGAUUGGGAUGCUUUCCAGUCUUUCCCUGCCUCUACAAGUGAAGUCAUGUCAAUUUCGAAAGUUGAAAGUGCCUCAGAAGAACCUGACUUUGUUGAGAAGGCUUUGGUUUCUGAUUUAGAUUCUGUAAACGACAACUUCCAAGGGCAUAUGGGUCCUAUGCCUCCAAACAAAAUAGCAGAAUCCAUUGAUGAAGAUCAAACAGCUGUUGAUGCGGAAAUGAUAACUGAUUCACUAAGUGGAAGACAUCCACUGGAAGAACAUGUUGAUUGUCCAGAAGUAUCUAAUGACCACCAUGAGGAGAAAACUGAAGCAGCAGGAAACUGUGAAAACGACCCGGUCUCUGAUAUUAAACCUGUUGCCUAUCCCGACGAAUAUACUGAAGAAUUAGGCGAUCACCACCAGGAGAGAGAUGGAACCGUUGCCGCUGACAAAGGAAGUGAUCCAGCCUCAUCUGAUCUUGUGUCGAUAGAAGAUACAAAAGGAUCUGUCCAAACCUAUAUUCCAGACGAUGAAAGUACACUUCCUGAAAUUUCAGGUUCUGAUGUUUCCAAACACCCCGGGGAAACAGAUGAUAGGAUACAUAGGAAGCAAAAUGCGGAAAAUGAUGCAGACAUUACCAAGUGAAAUAAAAGGCAACAACAAGAGUACUGAAGAAGGUUCAGAAGAUGAGACUGAAAAAACGGAAGUGGUUAGCGACACUGCCAAAAGGUGAGUUAUUUGUUACUUUGAAUACAAUUUUUGUUCCAAAUUUGGGGCAGUCUAUAAUCCAGUGUCCAUGGCAUGAGUGGUAGAAUUUCAGAUUCCUAUUAUACGUGAAUAUGGCCUAUGGGCGUGAGUCGAGUAGAUUUUGACUUAUACAUAAAGAGCAUACAACUAUGAGCUCGCCUUUGCAUUUUCCAGACAUUCUAGAUAAUCUACAGAUGUGUAUGUAUCGCAUUGCUGGAGAGUACAAUUAUUUGUUGGUUCUGGGGUCCUGAUUUACUGAAAUCUUGGUUA